UUUGUUUGACAACACGGCACAUUUUUCCCCUAACGAUUUUCUAAGUAUAGUUCAAUUAGUUGUGAAGUUAAGUGUUUAGUCCUGCUUUCAACUGACAAGAUUUAUAAAUAAAUCUAAGGCAAUUAAGAACUACAAAGCUUGAUGCUGAUCUUGUAUGUAAAAUGGGUAAAAAAGAUGCAUCCGCUAAUCGCAGCCAACCCUUGGAACAGUAUAGAAAACAAAUAGGAAAACAGGACUGGAAAAAAUCAAAGAAAGAAAUCAGAAGCAUGAAAUCUAGAUCAGAAUAUUCUAAUGAAUACACACCUCAGGUCAUUGUUUUAUGGAUAGGUGCAAUUAUUUUGGUGUGUUCGUCAGGGUAUAUGCUCCUCUUCUGGUAUCUGGGCGCAGCAUCUUUAGAAAACCUCUCAGACCCACCACCUGUUUGAUGUUUUUUCAAGCCUCAGUAAAAUUGUGUCAUCACAAAUGUUUUUUAAGUUUUAACUUAGUUUGGUUUUAGGUUAGUAGUUUAUCCUUUCAGUCAUUAUCUUAUUGAAUUGGAUAACAAUUGUUUAUUCUACAAUUGCUCAGUAUAAGUAAUUUUCUUUUACUUUUUACUGUAGCAGGCAAGCUGCUAUAAACAAUACCCAACAUGAGAGCUGUAUUUGUUUAUAAUGCAACUUUAGGUAAAAAUAGGUGAAAGAAACUUAGUCAUUGAAAUACAUCAAUAUGUUAGCUUUCAGUUAAGGGUUUAUGUGCCAAAGUUGUUGUUUAAAACCUAAAUUAAAUUUCAAAGUAUUUCAACUAUUUCGUUAUAUAUCUAUAAUUCUUGCAGCGAUUGUUGCUAGAUAUUUUCUCACUUAUUGCUAAGUUUGUUCUUUUAAAAUUUUGACAUUUUACAACGACUGCUAUGAACUGAUACAUCUAAGAUCACUUGCAGGACCUAUUGAAUAGCCUUUUCUCUAAAUCUCCCUCUAGCCUUAGGCAUACCUCUAAUCAUCAUUCUAAGCCUAAAAGCAAUCAAGGCAUUAACAAAACCCACUUUGAUACAAUAAUAUAAUGCUUUGUCUUUGUUUAAAGUACUUAUUUAAGUUAUUAUUAUCAGGUAUGACAAAAUGCUAGAUUGAUGUUAGAAUCUUGUUUUGCCAUCUUUAGAGCAUUUUUAAAUAGAUUUGAGGGAGGGGGGGGGGGAUAAUUUUUUAAAAUGUCUGUCUCAGCUUUGACUUAUUUUUUAAAACUAAAUGUAAACAAUCA